GGGAGGGCAUACUUACUACGUGAUUAAUCCGCACCCCCCGCGCCGCCGGGCGCUCCGUACUCGCGCCGGGUUUCCUCGUCCCCGCGCCUCACGGCCACUCACUACGCACGGGGCUCCGCGUAGUGCCGCCGCCAGUCGCAGCGCGACCCGCGCCGACGUCGCACUCUAUUCCGUUGCUUCGUCGUCACAUCGACCCAUGAUAUCAUUCAUGCUAAUCUCCGCCCGUUGAUUUUCCUGCCGAGUGACCGCAGUGAAACCGGCGCGCUAUACCGCGAGUGCCGAAUGUUCGUGGACGUUACGCCCGUGUACUUUUCCAUCGGAAUCCGAGCGUACGAAACCAGUUCGGAGUGUCGGACGGCGGCGCCUUCCCUCGGAUGAGAUCUCCGACCGGCAAGCGUUGCUGUGACCCGCGGCCUGCGAUGCUGCGCCCGUGACCGUCUUGCGACAGUGCCACGAAACCCCGUCCGAUGAUCUCAGCGAGUCUCCCCGGCGAGGCGCUGGCCCAGCUGGGGCAGCUCGGGCAGCUGAACCUGUACCCGCCGCCGCAGGCCGGCAUGACGCCCGAGUUCCUCGCGCCGCCGCCGCGGCCGUACGCCCGGUACGCGCCGCGGCGGCCGCGGGACGCCAUGCCCGCGCCGCCCGCGCCCUCCGCGCCCCCGUUCCCCUCCGUGCCCGGUGCAUACGCACCGUUCCUGCCGCACCCGGCGUCGUACGCGUCCUACCUGUACCGCACGCGAGCGCCGCAGCAACCGCCGCCGGCCAACUACCCAUUACGGCCGCGAGCCACCUCCGGCUUCGUGCCUCCUGCGCCUGCGCCGCACUCACCGCCUAUGUCAGCACCAGCGCCUGCUCCGCCUCCAAGAGAGGAACCCCCAACGUCCCCCGAGCGAGGAGCGCCUGCGCCGUACUUCUGCCGCGGCGCGUUGAUCCGGCUCGAGGACGGCUCGCUGCGGCGCGUGGAGGAGAUGCGGACGGAGGACUUCGUGAUGAGCGCUGACCGCAGCGGCGACCUCGCCCUCACGCAGUGCACGCUGCUGCGGCUCGACGAGCGCGGCGACCGCCUCGCGCUCACGCUCACCUAUGAUAGGAACCGCUCGCAGGUGGAGCUGGAAUCAACGGUAGAGCACCCGUUCUUCGUGUACGGGCGCGGCUGGGCGUCGUGCAAGCCGGAGCGCACGCUGGCGCAGUACGGGCUGCGCGUGCAGCGGCUGCAGGUGGGCGACGUGUGCGUGUCGCUGGUGGCGCGGCGGCACGCGCCCGCGCCCCCGCCCGCGCCCCCCGCGCCCCCUCAGACGCACCCCGAGAACCUCAGCGUCAAGGAGGACGCGCGCAAGCGACGCUGGUCCGCCUCCGACGUCGGCGAGGACAACCCUCCGGCCCUCAAGAAACGCUGAGACGUAGCCACGUGCAAAACCUUCGUAUUCGUAUUUGGAGGAGAACUGUCUUGAUCGUGUUGUGAUCGUUGCAACUCGCUACUCGUUACUGACUCAGUUACGUUUUAGUGCCGAACCUGCUGAAUUCUAAGUGGAAUGGACAGUGGAAAGUGUUAUGAAGGUUGACUUCCUCGUAGGAAGGGUGUGUAGAUAGAUAAACAAACGGCCCCAGUGAGUUCAGUUGCAUGUCGCGGCAUGCACUACUGUUUUAUGUUUAUUUGCGCGGUUUCUGCAGCGAUCGACAGUCCAUAAUGGUACGCUUAUGAAAUUCUAUUUGGAAACUCUAGGUGCUUUUUACUGUCGGGUGCUUCUGUACGCGUUCGUGUACGAUGUUGUAAAUAAUGUAUGUAACUUAGAUUGAAGUUGAACGUUACGCUCCAUGACUAACUCAAUGUGUCACAAAAGGGAAGGGAUAGCGGUGUCCCCCGACACCGCACGUUCACAAAGUUCUGAUUCCUCUAUGGUACACGAAUGAUAUACUAUGAUAUACGGCAUACAAAGUAAAACGCUUUAGACAUACUUACACGACAAACUUUAAACCAUAUUAUAUUUUAUAAUCCACCAACAUGGAGUUAAAACAUUUUCUAAAUAAUAAGCACAAAAAUAACCAUGUGUAAGUUUGUACCAGAUCUUAAAGUAGGUUAGAUAUUGUGAUAACCAAUGAGAUUUUAUCGCCAGUCUGAACGGACACGUGGCAAUGCAUAUAUAAACAAAACAAAAGGUACAAUGAAUGUUAGAUGUAGGUAGUAGUAAUGGGCUGACGUGUGCUUAAAUCUCGACUGAUUCCUUUCUAUACGAGUAUUCUGAAUUAUGUUUGUUCAGGACGCAGUCAGGUCAGAGUUCCAUUCUCCUCCGAUGGUUGUGACUGCAGACAUAUCCAUGACGAUGUAAUUGUCGAACGUGUCUCCGCGUGGCAUCGCGUAGCUCAACUGUGCUGGCAAACUCUUCUGACAAAUAAUUUGAUCUAAUAUAAAUGUUGAUAAUUGAUAGUUAUAUAUUGUAAAAUAAAAAUUGAAAUAUGUAUAAUGAUCAUGGUUAUAUAGAUGUCAUCUCUAUUGCUUUUGACGUCCAUGUGUGAUACACAUAACUUUUCUAUGAGAAGAUGUAUACAUAAUAAACACACAGUCUGUGAUAUUUUGUAGUUAUUGGUCAGAGUAGGUAUGGAGUAUUGCUUGAAUAAAAGAAAUAUAUGUUUUAGACUAAUAAGUGCGUUAUUGGUAAGAAAAUGUAUAGAUGUUGUAUACUCAAAAAUGAAACGCUGGAAAACUAAAAGUUCAACAAAUACAAACAUAACAUGUAGCGUCUGUGAUUGAUAUACAUAUAUCGUUAUGUAAAUAACGACCAAUGCAUGGCCAUAUCAAAAUCAAAUUAAUUUUAUAUAAAUACUAAGUCAAAAACAUAAUUUUCAUAUUUGCUUGAAAUUGAAAUCGAUGUAUUGUUGGCAUAAAAGUUUAUUUCGAACAAUUACGUUGUCAGAUGUAAAUGAGUCAUGGAUGUUCUACAAAUCUAUCGCACUCGGUGAUAAGACAGAUAAGAAGAGUGUACUGUGUGUGCGACUGUACGACUGCACGCAGAGUACGCGUACACUCGGUCACACUCGAAUGCGGAAGUAAAGGGUACGGACAGUUAGGUUCGCGAAGGGUAGUUUCAUUGUACCGCAAAUGCUACGUGCUAUUAAUCAUUAUUGUGUUAAACGAUAACCGACGACCAUAGAAUACGGACACCUCAUCGACGGCGGAAGGUGUUGUACAAAAGUUAAUAAUUUGUUGUAUAAUGUAUGUAAUUCUAGUUUUAUCGUCUUUAUAUUAAUAUUUGUAAUUGUAAUGAAAGAUCUCAUUUUAUUAAUCGGUAUUUUCUAACAAGGCGCUUUCAUUAGAUCAUGACUAAGCCUACCUCACAAACUAUAUGACUAGUGUCUCGCGGCGCGGCGACGUCACGCGCGAGCCGGUCGCUAUCAAGUCUAAACAAGAUCUCAAUUUGAUGAAAAUAAACUUUUGAAAAGACUGGGACGCUUUACUGAAUGUUGUGGGAUUGUAGUUUCUUUGAAGAUAUUACUUAAAUUAUGAGAUAGGAGCAUUUAUUUGUGGGCGCGAGUCGUUCCCUCGUCACUGAAGCUCCGCAUCAACGCUGGACAAUCAUUUAGUACAAAAUUCGUUACAAAAAGUAUUAUUUCCCAAAAUCCAAAUUCAGAAAGUAUUAAUUUAAUUUCAAAAAGGUGCUAUAUUAUUUUUAUGGACGUAAAUCAGGCACAAUCAUGAUUGAUAUUAUAGAGAAAAUUUUGUUAAGGAGUACUAUGUUGUAAUAAGCCAAUCCAUUGUAUAAUAUUGGCACAAUCGAUGUUCUUCCGCGCCUCCUAGUAGAUUUAGUGAGUCAAUUAUACGUUAAAGUAUCGUUAUGUGUAGGUACAUAUUCAGUCAGCACUUGUUACUUGAUUAUAUGCUACACUAUUAAGGUGUAUAAUAUUUACCAUCAAAUUUAUUAUGUGAGUCGAUGUUUGUUGUAAAUUGUAUUAAUUAGACAAUAUGCAAAUGUUGUUUGCAAUACGUUUGAUUCCGUCAUAUAGAUUCGUUAUACGUAAACUAGAGGCUGACAUUAAUAACAGUGACGAUUGUUUGCAAGAAAUUAACAGCGAAUAUAUCUAUUCCAUUAAAAUCCUUCCAGUGAGAGUUUAUUAUAAAAGUCGUAUUAUGACUUAAAACAAUGGCGGUCGUUUUAUAGAUUUUUAUGAAUGUAAUCCGAGAUUACUAUAGCCGACGAUCCACCAACAGAUUUAAUCCUAAGACUGACAUCAGCUACAAGUUACUUGCGUUGCAAACAAUCCUAACUCUUAUGAUGGCAAUUUCUUCCGUUUACAGACUUUUAUAAAUAUCUACAUUUCACAUUCUGUUUCUUCCAAGACUAUUUACUAUGAGUGUUGUUUGUGGGAGACACGUCUCUAAUUGUGAUUGAACGAUAUUUAGGUGUUACAGAUAUAGUGACAAUAGUUUAUAAUGUAUGAAGAGAGAUUCAUAAUGUUAUAGUUGUUGCCAAGUUCAGGCAUGGCCAGUAAUGGUCCGUAGACCGCGAGGCGGGGGUGUGACCCUCGCCGAGCAACAGUGACACAAAGUGAUUGUGCCAUCCUUAACAGAUUUUCAAUAUUUUAGUAAUCCACUGCUAUUGUGUUGGAGUUGUUGUAAAACAUUUCAAUGAUAGCCAUAAACUUAGAGGACAUUUUACCGUGGAAAGUCUUACAAUCAGGGACAUAGCUAUAUCCGUGGAAAUUCCAGAACCAAAAUUGUACCAGGUUUGUACACUUUCCAAUGUAAUAGCGUACAGUAGAGAACAGGAAAUGUUGUGUCAUUUAAAUUAAUAGAUAAAUAACUAUAAAAAUUGUUAUUAUAUGACAGAUAUCGCAAAAAAAUAUAUAUGUAUAUUUUAUUGUAUAGCGGAAUGACUACUAUUCAGAUUUAUUGUAAAUGGAAAAAUGUUAUAGAUCGAAAUAUGUUAAAUAAGUUAACUGUUUGUAAAAAGAAGAGAAAAUAUGUAUAAUUGAAUAUUUGCUA